AUGGUCCCGAUCACUGGCAACGGUGUGGGCGCCAUGGACGGAAUGGGGUCACAGAUGGUCGGCCACGGGCAUAACCAGCCCCCGGCCACGGAGUACACCCUGCAAGGCGUCAUGCGGUUCUUGCAGACAGAAUGGCACCGUCACGAGCGCGACCGCAAUGCCUGGGAGAUUGAGAGGCAGGAGAUGAGAGGGCGGAUCGCACAUCUCGAGGGUCAGGCGCGCCGAGCAGACGCCACCCAGAAGGCCCUGCGCAAAUAUGUGCACAUACUCGAACGCAAGGUGAAGGAACAGACGGCACAGAUCAAGGGCGAGGAUGCUGCCCACGCCGAUGCUGCGGCAAAGAACGAUCGCGCUGCCCAGAUUGAGGCUAAGCUCAAAUCCACUGCCGAAACCCAUGUCAUCCCCGGUGUUGAGGAUGUUGAACUGGAUCGACCCGACGACGAGGGCCAACGCCAGGACCUCAAGAAUUUCCUCGACCAAUGCCAAAACGAAUUCAUGUACCUUAUGAUCACGCCCGCGAACCCACAGCCGCCUCGUGAGUCACCACAGCUUCCGAUUAUUGAGGAUCUGCGCGAGGUAGAUUUCGGGUCUGUCCCCGGUGGCCAGCCCAUGGAACGGCAGUAUCCUGCGCAUCAACGGCCCCAGAACUACAUGAAAGAUGUAGAGCGACAGCAAACCCAACAGCAAUUGCAGCAGCAGCAAGCUGUGAACCACGGUACAAACGCUGCCUCCAAGCAGAACCCGAACGCCUUUGCUUCAAGAAACGAUGCUCAAGCGCAGCCCAUGACGCGCUCCGGGAACGACAACCAGCCCGCCCCCGUCUACAACGUCGAGUCCAGCACCCAAAACGAUUGGAACGGCCCGGUUUCUGUCACCACACGCGCGGUGGAUGAACAUGCAGACACUGGCUCAGCUACGCAGGCGCCAGAGGACAAAGACAAGCGCAAUAUCAAACAUUCGGCUGACAUUGAGGGCUGGGAAUUUCCAGAGGGCACGUUUCCCGAACCUGGCAGCACUCAAAUACCGUCCACUCGACCUGACACAGAUGUCUUCCCGAACGCUGAGAAUCCGCCCAAAUCUCCCAACAAGGCUCCUGGCCAACACAGGCGCAAGAGCUCCAUGUCGCGACGGCUCAGUGCUGGGCACGAAUCAAACAUGUCCCAAAAGGCUGAAACUGGCAACUUCAAGCUGCGGUACGGUCUUCGUGGUCACCUAAAUGCCGUUCGGACUGUCAUAUUCUCUGGUGGCGGCAGUCCUGGCGAGCCAGAGAUCUGCACGGCAGGCGAUGACAGCAUGAUCAAACGCUUCCACAUCCCACGACUUGACGGACAUGGUUCUUGGAAUUCCGCGUCUGAUCUCGAUGUGACGGCCAAUUUUACCCACCGUGGCCAUUCAGGUGCUGUUCUUUGCCUGGCGUCGUGGUCUCCCGCUCCCAACUUCACAGCGGGCGGUCGCGCACAAGGUGAUGGCUGGAUCUUCUCCGGUGGGCAAGAUGCGACGAUCCGCGUCUGGGAGCGAGGACGGGUGGACCCCAAGGCGACGCUGGAGGGCCACACGGACGCAGUCUGGGCUCUGUGCGUCUUGCCAGCCACGCUUGGUUCUGUGUUUGGCGCCUCGAGUCCUCAUGGGUCGGCCGACCGCAUGCUGCUGGUAUCCGGUGCGGCUGACGGCUCCGUGCGACUAUGGUCCGUGACGGGCCCUCCUCAACUUGGCUCCCCGCAGCCUGGCGCGAAUCGGGGUGUCAGUGGUCGUGGCGGGCGCGUCCGUGGAAACUCAAUGAGCUCAGGAAGCGGCUUCUCCAGCACACCGCAGCCUACCAUGGCAUCCAAUUCGCCCUUUAACCACACGCUGAUUCACAACAUUGUCCGUCCCGACGGGUCCACGGCCAGUCCCACAGCAAUCUCACCGCUAGGAAACUCUGCCGAGUCAUUCAUCGUGUCCUACUCGGAUGCUGCCGUCAUGGUUUACGACACAAGGACAGGUGAGCAAUUGGGCUAUAUGGACAGCAUGGAGACAUAUGAUGGGUCUAAGCGUACUGGCGUCAACACUAUUGUCGCUACAACUGUUGGAUUGGACCAGGCACAUAGCGGCAUGUCUGACGAUGACAACAACGCGGGUGGUCCCACCGGAGGGGGCCGCUCUGGCGUCGAGGGCACGAUCAUUACCGGCCACGAAGACCGUUUCGUCCGGUUCUUCGAUGCGAACAGUGGUCAAUGUACCUACAACAUGCUAGCCCACCCCGACGCGAUAUCCUCCCUUUCGCUGUCCCCGGACGGCCUUGAGCUUGUCUCUGGCGGUCACGACGCGUCGCUUCGCUUCUGGAACCUCGAGAAGCGCACUUGUAUACAGGAAAUGACGGCGCACCGGCUUAUGCGAGGCGAAGGUGUCUGCUCUGUGGUCUGGAGCCAGGAUGGAAAGUGGGUUGUGAGCGGAGGAGGUGACGGCGUGAUCAAGGUGUUUGCGAGGUAA